UGGGCCGCGCGUGAGCUGUGCCGCCGCCCCCGCUGCUGCUGCUGCUGCUGCUGUCGCUCCUAUCGCUCCUGUCGCCACCGCCACCUCCGCCACCUCCGCCACCCCCGCCACCCGCGCUGCAACCAUGCCGCCCUACACCAUUGUCUACUUUCCUGUCCGAGGCCGCUGCGAGGCCAUGCGCAUGCUGCUGGCGGACCAGGGCCAGAGCUGGAAGGAGGAGGUGGUGACCAAGGAGACCUGGCUGCAGGGCCCGCUCAAGGCCUCCUGUCUGUACGGGCAGCUCCCUAAGUUCCAGGACGGAGACCUCACCCUGUACCAGUCCAAUGCCAUCCUGCGACACCUGGGCCGCUCCCUGGGGCUGUACGGGAAGGACCAGAGGGAGGCGGCCCUGCUGGAUGUGGUGAACGACGGCGUGGAGGACCUCCGCUGCAAAUAUGUCAUGCUCAUCUACACCAACUACGAGGCAGGGAAGGAGGAGUACUUGAAGGCACUGCCAGAGUGCCUGAAGCCUUUUGAGAUGCUGCUGUCCCAGAACGAGGGGGGCCAGGCCUUCAUCGUGGGCAGCCAGAUCUCCUUUGCCGACUACAAUCUGCUGGACCUGUUGCUGAUUCACCAGGUCCUGUCCCCCAGCUGCCUGGACGCCCACCCCCUGCUCUUGGCCUAUGUGAAGCGCCUCAGCGCCCGGCCCAAGCUCAAGGCCUUCCUGGCCUCCCCCGAGCACGUGAACCGCCCCAUCAAUGGCAAUGGGAAGCAGUGAGAGCUCGUGCACCCCCGUGGGAAGCCAGGGCUGCCUGCCUGCCUUCCUUUCUCCAGGACUAAUAAAAUUUCUAAGCGGGAA